AUGCCUUUUGCCUUGUUAGAGCUUUGGCUUAAUCCUCCACCCCCCGCCGCCUUCGUCUCCCAAGGCCGCCACCCCUGCUUCCACGUCGCCGCGUCUCCGCCCACCUCCGUGGCGCCUGCACCCACCACCAAGCCUUCAGCUGCCUCCCUUCCGGCUUCCACGCCGCCGCGUCUCAGCACACCUCCGUUCCGCCUGCACCCAGCCGCCGCACGCGCCGCCACGUGCCGUCCCCGUCUUCAACCUCCAAAUCCACCCACGCGUCUUUCGAUCUGCAGCCUUACAGCCACCACCAGCUCACACGGACACCACCACUGGUCUCGCCUUCCCCAGAUCGGCCCGACCCCGAAGUCUCGUUAUCAUCCGCUGCCGGACGCGCUGCCACGCGCCUCCACGCACCGCCACCGUUGA